AGGGGGGCGAAAUGGAGACCCAUGACGGAAAAGGAAACCUUUUGCUGUCUUUCCUUUUACGUCAGCCGGCGAAGAACUACUUCUCCCCCUCCUCUCUCAUCAUUCUCAGAUCUCUCUCUCCCCCCUCCCUCCCUUUCUCUCUGAAUCCCGCCCACCACCUCGUUCUCGCAUUCCGCCGCCCGCCCUCCCGGAUCUCACCGCCUCUUCCUCGCCGGCGUUCUUGCAUCCCUGCGUCCGCGGUCCUUCAAGUGGCUGCCGCGGUGAUCCGUGGCGGUAAUUGAGCCCGCCGCCACCGUGGGGUGGGUUUGCCGGAUGGUUAUCGACUACUGAUCCAUCCGGACCCCAGAUCCGCCAUGGAGGGUUUAGCUUGUCGGCGGUGAGGCUGGCGUCUGGCUUAGUUCUUGCGUUGGACUAGUCCGGAGAGGCUUUGAGGAACGGGGCACGGGGGCGGCGAUAUGCGGAGGCGGGCACAAGAGUACCGGCGCCCGUUGCGGCGACGGCUGCCAGAUUGGAUCUGGUGGCUUCUCGGGAUCUUCCUCAUCGUCGGGCUCAUGCUUUUCGUCCUGCACCACAACCAGAAGGAGCAGUUCCGGCCGCCUGUCGUAGAUAAGGGUUCAGAAGCCAAGGAAGCCCCUCAUGAGAAGGUGAAUUUCACAGAAGAACUCUUGAGUAGCACAUCAUUUGCACGACAAUUAGCAGAUCAGAUGACUCUAGCCAAGGCAUAUGUCAUCCUUGCAAAAGAGCACGACAACCUUCAGCUUGCAUGGGAACUCAGUUCCCAGAUAAGGAAUUGUCAAAGAUUGCUAUCUGAAGGGGCUGUUAGUGGGAGAGCCAUCACUCAAGAAGAAGCCCAUCCUAUAAUAAGCCGUCUAGCAUGGUUAAUAUACAAAGCACAGGACUCUCAUUAUGAUAUCAGCUCAACCAUAGUGACAUUGAAGAGCCAUGCCCUUGCACUAGAGGAGCGUGCAAAGGCAGCAGUUGUUCAGAGUGCUGAGUUUGGUCAGUUAGCUGCAGAAUCCUUUCCCAAGAAUCUGCACUGCUUAACUGUGAAACUGACGGAAGAGUGGCUUCGUAACCUGAAGCAUAGGAGUCAAUCAGAGGAGCACCGGAAUUCCACACGAUUGGUAGACAAUAAUCUGUAUCACUUCUGUAUAUUCUCUGAUAAUGUGCUGGCCACUUCAGUUGUUGUCAAUUCUACAGUCUCCAAUGCAAAUCACCCACAGCAGCUUGUGUUUCAUGUGGUCACAGACAGGAUCCAUUUUGGUGCGAUGUCAACUUGGUUCCUCAUAAAUGACUUCAAAGGUUGCACUGUUGAAGUCCGCUGCAUAGAUGAGUUCUCAUGGUUGAAUGCUUCUUCAUCUCCUCUGGUCAGGCAGCUAUCUGAGAUUGAAACUCAGGGUUACUAUUACUCAGCCGGCUCAAAAAAUCUUGAAAGAGAAAUAAAAUUCCAUAACCCAAAGUUUGUUUCUCUGCUAAACCAUUUGCGGUUCUACAUUCCUCAGAUACUCCCCAACUUGGAGAAGGUGGUAUUUCUUGAUGAUGAUGUUGUGGUGCAAAAGGACCUGACACAGCUGUUCUCCAUAGAAUUGCAUGGUAACGUCAUUGGAGCUGUGGAAACUUGUUUAGAGUCGUUUCAUCGGUACAAUAAGUACCUCAAUUUCUCGCACCCAACUAUCAGCUCCAAAAUUGAUCCACAUACAUGUGGAUGGGCUUUUGGAAUGAACAUCUUUGACUUAAUAGCUUGGAGGAAGGCAAAUGCCACUGCACUUUAUCAAUAUUGGCAAGAGCAAAAUUCUGAUCUGUUGCUCUGGAGGACAGGUACACUUCCUGCAGGUCUUUUGACAUUUUAUGGCCUGAUGGAGCCCCUAGACCGCAGAUGGCACAUCUUGGGUCUGGGGUAUGAUGUAGACAUAGAUGAUCGGUUGAUUGAGAGUGCUGCUGUGGUACACUAUAAUGGGAACAUGAAACCCUGGCUGAAGUUGGGUAUUCGCCGUUACAAGUAUAUAUGGGAGCGGUAUGUCAAUUUCUCGCACCUGUAUCUUAGAGAAUGUAUGUUGCAUUAGGAAGUCUGCAAUCUCUGUUCACCAUCCAUGUUCUUGCAUGCCAUCGGAGCUCUACGCUUGAGUUUCUUCACAUGAGGUUGCUUUUCAGCACCUCAUUUAAGGGAUCUUUCAGAGAGGUAGAUUAUAUACUCAAGAGACAGCAUCAAAGAAGUCAAUUGUUAAGUUUUUCUUUUUGGGUGGGGGGAAGAUUCAUUUUGAGGUGAAAAUAAUUCCUUUGCGGAUUUUUACAUACAAUUUGGACUGGAAAUUUUAGCAGUCUAACCAUAUCAUCUGGACAGAUAUUGUAAAACAGAUACAGUUAUUGGAUCAAUGGGUCAUUUUUUGAGAUGUUAGGAAAUGCCAAUUGCCAGUUCAGCAUUGAAGAGUCACUGGUGUUACAUUAUUUC